AUGGCGGCCGCGCCGGCUCCAUCGGCUCCAGCGGCCGGGCCUGGGCCUGGUCCCGGUCCCGGAGCCUCGGCCUCGACCGGAAGCGGUGCCGGGACCGGGAACGGAGCCGUCGGGAGCGGGGGAGCGGGGCCGGGCCCGGCCAAGAGCGGGGAGGAGCGGCUGAAGGAGAUGGAGGCCGAGAUGGCGCUGUUCGAGCAGGAGGUGCUGGGAGCCCCCACCCCGGCUGCACCCCCCAGCACUGGGGACCCCCCCUCAGCCAUGGCCGUGCCCCCCGUGACCCCCAUCCUGCGCCCCAUCAUUGCCACCAACACCUACCAGCAGGUCCAACAGAGCCUCGAGGCCCGCGCUGCUGCCGCCGCCACUGGGCCCCCCAUUGGAGCCCCCCCAGUGCCAUUUGUGGGUCCAGCUGUGUCCCCCCAGAGGCCCCCAGUGCUGAGACCGGCGUUCGUGCCCCACGUGCUGCAGCGCUCGGGUGCCCCCCGGGCUCUCUCCCUGCGCCCCCCCCCCGGGGCCAUGGUGGGGGCUCCCCUGGGGGCCCCCCCCGCCCCCCCACUCCUCAUGGCCCCGCCCCUGCAGCGCCCCCCCCCCACCCCGAUGCCUCCAAUGGGGACCCCCCUGCGGGGCCCUGCUCCUGUGAGACAGCAGUACAACGAUGAGUAG